UUGUGGUUCAACACGUAUUCCUAAAAUUCAAAAGAUGGUAUCUGAGUUCUUCAAUGAUAAAGAACCAAACAAAUCUGUUAAUCCUGAUGAAGCCAUGGCCUAUGGUGCCACCCAAGAUUUACUUUUACUCGAUGUCGCUUCUUUAUCUCUGGGUAUUGAAACUACCGGCGGUGUCAUGACACCGUUUAUUAAACGUAAUACUACAGUACCUACUAAGAAAUCCGAAAUUAUUUCAACAGAUUUUGAAAAUCAAUCGGAAAUGAUUAUUCGAAUUUAUGAAGGUGAACGUGCCUGUACUAAGGAUAACAACUUGCUUGGAACAUUCGAAUUAACUAGAAUUCCGCCAGCACCAAAAGGUGUUGCACAAAUCGAAGUCACAUUGGAUAUUGAUGGAAAUGGUAUCUUAAACGUAUUUGCUGUUGAUAAAACAACUAGACGAUCGAAUAAGAUAUCCAUCACGAAUGACAAAUGUAGAUUGUCAAAGGAAGAAAUCGAACCUGCCAAAGCUGAGAAAUAUCGUGAAAACGAUGAGAAAAUUGCACAAAAUAUACAGACACGAAAUCGUUUGGAAAGUUAUGCAUAUAACUUACGUAAUAUACUUCACAGCGAACAAGUUGCUGCUAAUAUUGACCUAGCAAGCAAGAUGAAAAUUGAAGAUGCAAUUUAA